AUGCGGAGCCAAGAAGAGAGCACAAACCCCACCAAGGAAUUAACGAGUCUGGAUCUCAUCACGGCUGAGUAUGUGACAAGCCGCGAGCCUGGGGAGCUGGUGAUAUCGGUAUGUCGGGAUUUGCCCAACAUCGAGGUGAUCACGUUCAGUGUGAAUGGCAUCUCAGACCUCGAGCCUCUGAAUCAGUGCCAGAAUCUGAGUGAACUCUAUCUGAGGAAGAACAACAUCGCAAGCCUAAAUGAGCUCUUCUACCUCAAAAACCUACCCCGGCUGAGGGUCCUGUGGCUGUCUGAAAAUCCCUGUUGUGGGUCGGACCCCCACCGCUACCGAAUGACGGUGCUGCGUAACCUACCCAGCCUGCAGAAGCUUGAUAACCAAGCUGUGACAGAGGAAGAACUGUCCCAGGCCCUGGUUGAUGGUGAGGAGAUCACAGCCCCACCAGUCAGGAGGAGCGUGGAGAACGGCUGCCCUGAGUCCGCUGAAUCCAGUGCUGCUGAUGCCACAAAGGAGACGGAGAGUGAACUGCUGAACUUCAGUCUGGAGGAGACAAACAAAAUUCGAGAGGAGCUUGGUAUGAAGCCUGUUCCCAGGGAUAAAUUUUCCUCCUUUUCACCUCGCGAGACAGACUGCAACCGGAAGAAGAGAAACAAUGUCCUGAAUGCCAUCCUGCUUCUCAUGAAGGAACUGGACGCGGAGGGGCUGGAGAUCGUCCAGCAGACGGUGGGGAGGAGGCUCCAGGCCUUUCGGAAGAAGGAGCUGCAGGAGGAAUGACGGUCCCCACCACAAACCUCCCUGGAGCCCCAGACCCACAGUGCCGUUAUUCCCACACAUACCCGGCUACAGCCAAAGCCUCAGUGUUUUCCGCUGCGCUUCCCCAGCGGAGGGGCUGGGACAGGGCACUGCUGGCUGCCCCUACAGCUCCUGCCAUCGCCUCUGGCUGCGCAUAUCAUGCUGGGGCUGGCAGCACCCGAUCUGGCUCUCGGGAGCUUUCCUGCUUGCGUAGCAGGCUCCGUUAACAUUUGUAUCUCGUGUCGCUGGGGCUGUUUGGUGGGAGCUGCAGAGGAAUCAGCAAAGCAAAAGCGAGCAGGGCUGCAGCAAGAGGUGCUGCUGUGCUGUGCGAUCGAAGGGGGAUGGCAGAGCUGGCUGACGGCUAGAAAGGUUGUGGCUUGUCGGUGGCUUGUCAGGCUAACCCUCUGCCAGCCUCUGUGUGUAGCAGACUCUGAAAGCAGCUUCUACCACAAAAGUUUGGUUUUUGUGAAGUCUGUUGGGGAGACGCUGCCUGAAAUGAUCACCAAGAACUGUCUGGUACAGAUUGUGUCUGUCAAAUUCUUAAUUUACCUUUGACUCCUGACUUCUGGUCCUCGUUAGCACAUGAAGCAUCUGACUUGGUGGUCAGAUGGCCCAAAGAAAAUCUCGGUGCAGCCUAGGUGAAACAGAAAUUACUGUCUUGCAGAUCCUGAAUGCUCAGCUCUACUCUCACCCCCACAUGCCCCUGCAGGCAUUAGAGCCGCUUAAGGAAACUUAACGUCAGAAUAAAAAAGCCCCUGUGCGUUUUGCAGUUAGGAAUAAAACAAGCCAAGCGUUACUGUCCGGUUUGCGCAGGCGUUGGGGUGUGUCUCUUUUAACUGAAAAAGCUGCAUUUACUA